AAAUUCUUAAUAUUAAUUAACUUUCUUGAAGAAUGCGGGAGGAAGUAGUUGUUCCUGUCGCUGAAGAAGACAUUGUUGAUGAUAUCAUGAGCAGCGACAAUGAUACAGAAUCAGACGAUCAUUUAGAUCAUGAUGAUGAUCAUCAACCUAUUUUUGAUCAGCCUGGUCAAUUAGUUUCUCCUCUCGACAUUAAAGCUUCAAGAAAAAACGCGUUGCUUAGAUUAAGAUGUAGGGUGGAAGAUGCCAUUCUUGGUGGAUACAUUUAUGGUAAAAACAAAAACAAGUCUCUCUCUGUUAAAACCAUAACAGAGGAUUUGACUGGAAUUUCAUUAUGGGGUGUUCCAUUAUUACCAAGUGAAGAUAACACAAGGACGGAUAUUGUUUUGUUGAAUUUCUUGAAAGCUAAGGAUUAUGGUGUGUAUGAUGCGUAUAAGAUGAUGAGGAAGACGUUGAGAUGGAGGAGGGAAUUUAGAGUUACGGAGAUUCUUGAUGAAAAAUUAUUUAGUCCUGACCUGGAGAAAUUGUGGUACAAUGAUGAUGGUAAGGAUAGGGAAGGAAGGUUAUUAUGUUAUAAUGUGUUUAAGAAUAUCAAGAAUAAAGAAUUGGAAGAGGAGAUUUGGGGAAGGCAUAAUCAUCAUCAUGAGUGUCUUAGAUGGAGGAUACAUAUUUUGGAGAAGGCAAUUCAACAACUUGAAUUUAAACAAGGAGGGGUUAAUUCUGUUUUGAUGAUUACAGAUUUGGGAAAUUCACCGGGAAAUGCUUGGAAAGAGGUUCGUUGGAUUAACAGGAAGAUGAUGAACUUGGUUCAUGAUCAUUAUCCUGGAAUCAUAUACAAGAAUAUAUUUAUUAAUGUUCCUGUUUGGUUUUCCACGGUUCAUGCACUUAACCUGCGAAUGAUCACACAAAGAAGCAAGAACGCCUUCAUAUUUGUGAAACCAUCUAAAGUUACAGAGACCCUUCUCAAGUACAUUAGCCCAGAGAACUUAUUAGCUGAAUAUGGUGGACUCAAAAAGGACAAGGAUGUUGAGUUUUCAACCGAUGACAAAGUUCUAGAGAUAAGCAUCAAACCAUGUUCAUUUUGCCUCAUUAAAAUGCCCGUCAAAGAGGUUGAGGUGACGAUAACUUGGGAUUUGAUAGUGGUGGGGAAUGAAGUGAGUUACAAAGAAGAAUUCAUACCAGAUGAUGAUUGUUCAUACAGAGUAAUGCUUCAAGAAGAUAAGAAAAUGGCGGAGAGUGUAAGGAAUUCUUUUCAUAUUAGAGAAGAAGGGAGGAUAGUUAUCACUAUUGAUAAUCCUACUUACAAGAAGAAAACUGCCUUCUACAGAUACAAGACUAAGCCUAGUGUACCGCUGUAUAUGUGCCUAAGUAAUUAACAUUUUUCUUCUCAGUUAUCUUGUUUUAAGUUUCUAUCCUACUCCCAUUUUUCUGAAUUAUUGUAAA